GGGCUGCGACCCUUAUCCGCGACCUCCUCUCCCGGCGAGCCCGCGGGCGGGCGGGCGCCCCUGGAUAGGAAAGUCUGCCUGACUCUGGUGACUGAUGCCCAGAUUGGACGAGAACUUCUGGAGCUGUUCCUGUGCUGACCGCCUGAGGCACAGAAGCCACCCGAGAGCCGGUGCCGGAGGGCUGGCGGCCAAAGUGGGGGAAAUGAUCAACUCCUCCGCGUCCGGCCCCUCUCGGCUGAUGGCCCCCCGUGCCCUGGACACUGACGCCUCUCGUGGGCUGCGGAGCGCUGGUGUGGGGGGCCGUGGUGGCAGCAGCGGCCACACUAACAGCUGGCAUCACCACUUGGUGCAGAGGAGCCUGGUGCUUUUCUCGGUCGGGGUGGUCCUAGCCCUGGUGCUCAACCUGCUGCAGGUCCAGAGGAAUGUCACCCUAUUCCCUGAGGAAGUGAUUGCCACCAUCUUCUCCUCAGCCUGGUGGGUUCCUCCCUGUUGUGGCACAGCAGCUGCUGUCGUCGGCUUACUCUACCCCUGCAUCGACAGUCACCUCGGAGAGCCCCACAAGUUCAAGAGGGAGUGGGCCAGUGUCAUGCGCUGUGUAGCCGUGUUUGUGGGUAUCAACCACGCCAGUGCUAAAUUGGAUUUUGCCAAUAAUGUUCAGCUCUCCUUGACGUUAGCAGCCCUCUCUUUGGGCCUGUGGUGGACGUUUGACCGUUCCAGAAGUGGCCUCGGACUUGGGAUCACCAUCGCCUUCCUCGCCACUCUGAUCACUCAGCUGCUGGUCUACAAUGGUGUCUAUCAGUAUACGUCCCCAGAUUUCCUCUACAUCCGCUCCUGGCUCCCGUGCAUAUUCUUCUCAGGAGGUGUGACAGUGGGAAACAUAGGACGCCAGCUGGCUAUGGGAGUUCCUGAAAAGCCGCAUAGUGAUUGAGUCUUCAGACCCACCGAUUCUGAAGAGUGACAAGAUUUGGGAAGAAACUCUGUGAUAUUGGAUUGUGACAAAGAUUAUUUUUUUUCCUCAGUAAUCUAUUUAGAUUGGGCUGACUGUACAAGUGACACCCGGAAAAAAAAUUCACGUGUUUUAGAAGAGCCAAGGGAAAGAGUGACUGCUUAUCCUGACCGUUACCCCGCUCAACUGCACCGUGCCUGCGUCUGCUCUGGAGACACGGGCCCCAGGCGGCAGAGCUCAGGCAGGGGCCAGUUUCCCGAGUAUUCAAUUUCAUUUAUGUAAUUAAAGCAAGUUGCCAUAUUUCAAAGCCUUGAACUAAAGCCUAAUUACCAGCUCUUGGUUUUGUAUCAGUGCCCACAGGGGAUAGGUUGAUGGUGCUUAACAAAGAUGAAGUGUGGUAAAAUAGGAAGAAUAUUUAUCCAAAACAUUUUUAAAAAUAGGGUUGUGU